GAAAGAGAUUAUUUAAGUAAAAGAAGUCUAAAUAAAAUGCAUCUUUGCAAAGUUGCUGACUUAGACCAUAAACAUACAAACACGAAUUAUUUUUAAAGACAUGGUAAAUUACUUAACCUCGCAAAUAGAGAAUAAUAACUAAAAGUUAUUUCGUGAAUACUUUUACAUUGGAUUUAUUUACGCGUUGGAGAGAAAAAUUAAUUUUGGUAACGCCGAAAAUGCAGAAGGGCUUAUUAAUCGCACUGAAGGGCCCGUCGCGCGCUCUUCUUGCGCAUCAAUGCAUCUCUGGAUAUGUAUAUAAACAAUAUUUGGUAAAGUCAACAAUGGAACUGUCACGAAAUCAGAAUUGCUGACACACUCACCUACUCGAUAUCCUACUGGGAGACUUAUCCUUACAAUCAGAGUGUAGAACACGAGAGCAUAAAAUGAGCUGUGAAAUUCCGCGGGCGAUGUCUUGAAUGUCGGAACAAUGCUAUAGGGCAACAAAUUGGGAAUACAUUUGGCGCCAACCGCAACGUCUUGGCGGUGAAAACAGCGCGGACAAUACUAAAAAGUCCCUGUACGCCUUAAGAAUCCUGUUUGUAGUGUGUUCAUUGUUCUUUGUGGUGCUUUAAGUAGACUUUCAACAGGCGAAAGAGAGCAUUCAAGAUGAGGUUGAACUUCACUAACGAAUCUGCAAAUGCUGGCAUUGGGGUCAAACUCGCUCCUGUUGUAAACAUCGCAGCGUAUUCUACUGUUUAUGGUGUGAUAUCAUUGAUAGCCCUAGUGGGUAACGUGUUGGUAUGUUACGUCAUAGUUCGUAAUCCGGACAUGCGCACAGUGACCAACGCGUUUCUGUUGAACCUUGCUGUUGCUGACGUGCUAUUCACGGUGAUUUCCGUUCCUCCCCUCCUGGGGAUAGAGAUUUCCCCUGACUACUGGGUGUUCGGUGAAGGAAUGUGCAAGACAGUACCAUUUCUAAAUACGGUGACUCUGUCGGCUUCGAUUUAUACCAUGGUCGCGUUGGCAUUCGAUAGGUACCACGCUAUUGUGAACCCAUUCCGCGCCAAGAUCUACCACACCAUAAAGCGCACCCUUCUCGUCAUCACCCUCAUAUGGCUCUUUUCCAUAGCGGUGGCCUCGCCUCAGAUCCCUACCCAGAACAUCAUCCACAAUCCACCGUAUAGGUAUUGCCGAGAGGACUGGACCGAGUAUGGCGGAGAUAGCGUCAGAAAAGCCUACAGUGCAGCUGUCUUUGCAAUUUUCUUCGCCAUCCCAGUUGCCAUUAUCACGUGGGCAUACUCCGCAAUCAUGCGCAAGAUGCGCACAACCGCUGAAUUUUCCGAAGGGAUGCGCGCCGGCUCAGUAAAUCAUGCUCGGGUUGGAAGAACGAAGAGAAAGACAACGAUGAUGAUGUUGAUGGUCAUCGUCGUAUUCCUAGUUUGCAUGCUCCCUUUUAAUAUUUUAGUUCUGGUGGCCACGUUUCUCCCCCUGGAUUAUCUCAGGAAAAACUUUAACUCUAUCACGUUAACUCUAACGAUACUUAAAGUGCCGGUAGUGGUGGCAAGCGCUUGCAACCCGAUUAUCUACAAUUUCUUCAGCGUCAAGUUUAAAUUGGCGUUUGCUGAUGUCUUUAGUUGCGGGAAAAGGGGUGCCGAAGAUACGUUCAAGAGACCGGGCAAGUCCGUGGAGAAUACUGAUCAAAACAAGUUCAACACAAGGCUUUAAAAUGCCAUGACAACAGCUUUACAUAGGCGUAGUCCCCUCUUGUGUAUGAGAAGUAAGAUCCAACAAUUUACUUGCUGUUCAACAAACUAAUUGUAGUAGUCAAAACAGCUAGAUACGGUGACAAGGGGUCAAAGCAGAUAUAACGGACAUUGGUCAAAAUAUAUAAAUAACAACAAUAUCGCGCCAUUUUACCGUAACAAAUGUUAUCGAGUCACCCAAGACAUCCACUAACAUCGGCUGAUUUAAUUAAGGAUCUGAGUAUAACUUCUAAUACUUCUGAUAAAAUACAAUGAUAGAAGAUUCUGAGUUUAAUCGUGGAUGGUUAUUUGGACGUUUUUUUUUUUUCAAAAUACAGAUCUUAAACAAUAACAAAAAAGUGGCUGAUAGAAAUGCUUUAAAUAAAGGUCUAUAUUAACUUGUCCUUGUGUCCUUUUCAGUCACACCUUUGUUAUGGUUUUAAUUAAAUAUUGGAAGUCAAAUAAUGUACUGAAAUCUUGAAAUAGCCAUCUAAAAAUAAAGUUUGAUACUUUAUUUACCAAAUUCUAUCGAAAAUAUCGCAUUGGCUUCUCGAAAUUCCGCCGAUGGAAAUGGAUGCUUUUUCGCACUUGGUAUUUUGCUAGGAUGACAAAAUGGCAGCUGAUAGAGGCCGUUUAAAGAAGGCCAAUCACACAAUAUACUAUACUGACUCACUCAAAGAAUCCAUUUCCAUCGGAAAAUUAAAACAAGUGACUAAGAUACUCUCAACAAAAUAUCGUUGAUGUCUAAUGAGGUUUUAAACUUCAACCGUGGUUGGUAAGUUUUCCUUUAUUAUAUGUAUCAUGUAUUUGCACUUGUAAACAAUAAAAAAGGAGUUGUUGAUGGA